GUAGACCGUCAAUUUUGGACGAUUUGUCGAAAUAAUGUCAUUGGAACGAAGAAUUACGCUUUUGAUUGUAUUUGUUGUGGCCAUAACGUAUGCCGCCAUUGGGGACGAGGACUUCAUUCGUAAGACCAGCAUCGUCUAUCGCAAGAAACCAGGGACAUCGGACUCUGUCGAAUGUAGCACCGAUCGGACCUGUUCUCUGCAAAAGAAUUUCUGCGCUGCUUUCUACAUAGGAGAUGGAUUCUACGUGACAACCGCACACUGCUUGGUGGCAAGCAAUGGAACAAUCUUUGAACCAGAUCGACUGGACAUUUUUGGCGCUGGCCUGGUUGAUGUGACGCUAACGUUGCACAAAAAUUACUCCAAAACAAACGGAGUUGACAUCGCUUGGAUUCAAAUUCAUGAUUCGAAAGUUCGGAGUGAUGUUCUGGAAGUUGCUAACACGAGGCCACACAUUUGCAUCCGCUAUGAGCUGCAACUGAUCAAUGCCAACUUGACCGGCGUACAUGACGGUUUUCGAUGGGUUCAGACACUGGAGACCGUUCACCCUGAAACGACACCAGAUGCGGAACCAUUUUUAGCUGGGGUAUCAUCAUUCAAAUAUCUCACUGAAUUCAAGCAGACGGGGCUGGAGCACGUGGUACUGUGCAGUGCAAAAGAUAGUCCGGAUGAUUUUAGGUUGAACUUUAUUGCUUACGGGAGGACUGAGAUGCUUUCGUUCGAUACCGACUGCUAUCGGGUUCAGUGCGGGAAUACCGAAGCACAAAAUAUGCAAACUCUGUUUCACGCAAAUGUCACUUCGAUGAUUCAAAAGCAAAUAACUGAAGCAGAGCCUGAGGGUGAAAGAGUCUUCAAACCGCAGAUUAAUCCUACAGCAUAUUCAAAAGGGGUAGCUCCUGUUGCCGGUGAAUAUGAUAGUUCUGUUACUAUCAAACCCAACGAACCGUUUACAGUGGCUGUGUCACAAGCUUCCAAGGAAUUGAAUAGCUCUUUUCCAGAUAUCCCAAAUAAUCAAACAUCUUUUAGUACUGUUUUAGUGGAUUCCAACAUUUCCUCUUCAGUACAACAAACGGAAAAUAACUCAGGAGGACCUAGAAAAUCUGUAACCGAAAUAAGUUCACAUCCACCACACAGUAAUGAAGAAGUUCAAAGUCUUCAGGCUAGGCAUUCUAAUCGAAAAGCUCAGGAAAAUAUUAAAUCAACAACUGAAGACGCUUCCAAUCAAGAACGAAAUGCAACAAACCCGAAUGUUGAAAAUGUAAAACCCGAUGAAAUGGAAAUGACAAACGAACCCCUGGAGUCUGCCAUGUCAAUGGUCAAGGAAGUUUACUUUCCUGGAGACCCAGGCUAUCCCGUUAGUGCUUCGACUAAUGACGAUCAUACUAAUAACAACGAACAAAAUGGUCCCCAAAUUACCGAUUUAGAUGUGGAUGGAUCAUCGAUUGAGUCCCAAAUCUUGUUGUUCCCAAAGAGUGGCAAUCGUUUGACUUGGUUUGACGAUGUAUCCGAGGCACCAAUUGAAGCUAUCGAAUAUGAAUCAAAUCUUUCAAGAGGGCAACCUGCAGAGGCCAGACCCACUGAUCAAUCCGUUCAAACAAGUACGAAUGGGCCGAUUGUUAGAAUGGAUCAUAUGCAACAGCUCUUCCAACUCAACAAUGAACUGAUAGAAAGUCUACGAAAAUAUUUCAGCAACUCCACGAAUGAAACUCCCAAAACGCCAUCUAACGGGCAAGCUGCUUCCGUAUCAACACAAUCUCCCCCAGAAGCAGUACCGGAAGCCAGUGCACCUCAUACCAAUCAAAUUCCUUCACCGGCCACGUAUCAAUCUACCACGGAACAAGUCGAGCAAAAACCCAGACGAGUAAAGUGCAUCCGUCGUGUAACAACCCCAGACAGCAAGCGCUGUCCGAAGAUGGGGAAGAGCAUGAUGACGCCGUCGGGACCCUCCGUUUAUGAUGGGAACCAGAAUUGGGAGGCACUUACCACAACGGUGCAACCGCUCGAUGACAGUGUCGCUGAAUAUUCGAAAGAAACGGAGAAGGAAAAACAACGCAGGCGACAGGAGGCCCUACGAAAGGUUUUGAUACAUCUGUGGCAUGGACGGAAUGAGGCACCGGAUGCGGUCCCCAUGAGUUCGGUAUUGUUGUUGGCAGCGAUUGGGUUUGUUAUUCUGAUGGUUACCAUUUGAUGGGGCUUUGCUACUUGACAGUUUGGAUGGCAAAAUAAAUUAUAUGAUUGAUAUUUUUGAAAAAAUGUAAGAAA